AUGUGGAACAUUGACGUGGGAAAGACCACUGCGAACAAAAUGAGGGCAUCGCACAAGGUAGCCGUACCCAGUCAUCCAGCACAUUUCCGCCGUAGUAGUAGACCGGCACCCGAAGCAGCAAUGGAUAAUAAACAUCUUUGCCAACAGAGCAGCGCCAGCAAUCAGCACCCGCCCGGCCUGGACUAG